AUGGUGGUGACAUCUGGUUGUCAAUCUCAUGGACACCAUCAAAAGUUCAUUGCAUUGUUGAUACUGUGCUUUUUGGACUGUGGUCAAGGUGACGGUAAAGAAAAACGAGAAAUAUCCAGUCCAAAAAGUAAAAGUGGACAACCAGGAGGAUCUGGUAACUCAGAAUGGCAACAACUAUGGUAUUCAAGCGUUGAUGAAUUUCAAAAGCUCACGGAGCCACUUUUGGACAAUACCACAGAAACUAACCUCACUGUGCCAUUAGGAAGCACAGCUUAUCUUCAUUGUCGUGUCAGAAACUUAGGCGAGCGAACGAUAUCAUGGGUUCGCCGCAGGGACUGGCACAUCUUGACUUCGGGCAUGUUUACUUACACAAACGACGAGAGGUUCACCGUGUUGCACGCCGAGGGCUCGGAUGAUUGGACAUUGAAAAUAAAAUACGUGCAGAAAAGAGACAACGGCACAUACGAGUGUCAGAUAUCCACUGGAACAGGCAUAAUGUCCUCGUUCAUCAACGUUCACAUCGUCGUUCCUGAGGUCCACAUUGAUGGACCAAGUGAACUCCACGUAGACAUGGGCAGCAUAAUAAAUCUUCUCUGUAUCAUCGAAAAAAGUCCUCAACCUCCACAGUACGUGUUUUGGUAUCAUAAUGAAAAAAUGAUCAAUUACGACAAUAUCAGAGGUGGUAUUGUGGUCAAUACAGAAAACGGAGGCCGUAGUACCAGCAGGUUGACCAUCCACGACGUUAUUGACACUGACAGUGGCAAUUACACAUGUGAAACCGCAAAUGCCGAACAAGCUUAUGUUUACGUUUUUGUAUCUGAAGGAGACACAAUGGCUGCUAUAUCACGUAGAAAGUCCACUGCUUCGGGAAUCGAAGUGAUGCUAUGGUUUGUAGCAUUACCACUGAUGGUAAUAUCCAUUAGAUAA